AUGUCAGAUAUUAAUAAAGGACAGAUCCCUGACAAUGCCAAUGAACAUUGUCCUGGACCUGAAAGUGAGCAAGCUGGUAAAGCAGAUGCUUGUGCUGGUUGUCCAAAUCAAAGUAUCUGUGCCUCUGCACCUAAAGGACCUGAUCCAGAUAUUCCUGUCAUCACUGAAAGACUUUCUGGAGUUAAACAUAAGAUUUUAGUCUUAUCAGGUAAAGGAGGAGUUGGUAAAUCAAGCUUUACAAGUCAACUUGCAUUUGCACUUUCAGGCGAUGAAGAUUGUCAAGUAGGUGUAAUGGAUGUCGAUAUUUGCGGCCCUUCUAUUCCUACAAUUAUGGGAGUUGUAGACGAACAAAUACAUCAUAGUAAUAGUGGAUGGCAACCUGUAUAUGUUCAGGAUAAUCUGAGUGUGAUGUCUAUUGGAUUUAUGUUACCUGAUAAAGAUGAUGCAGUCAUCUGGAGAGGACCCAAGAAGAAUGGCUUAAUUAAACAGUUUUUGAGAGAUGUUGAUUGGGGGGAAUUAGACUAUCUUCUUGUUGAUACACCACCUGGUACAUCAGAUGAACAUUUGUCAUUGGCAUCCUUUUUAAAACAAAGUGGUAUUGAUGGAGCAGUUGUCAUCACGACUCCUCAAGAGGUCGCCCUUCAGGAUGUUCGAAAGGAGAUUGAUUUUUGUCGUAAAGCAAAAAUCCCUGUCUUGGGAUUGGUAGAGAAUAUGUCGGGAUUUGUAUGUCCUAACUGUCAUGGUGAAUCUGUCAUUUUCCCUCCAACCACAGGUGGUGCUGAAUCAUUAGCAAAGGAAUUUAAUAUCCCUUUGUUAGGUAAAAUUCCUUUGGAUCCUCGAGUCGCCAAAAGUUGUGAUAUGGGAUUAUCAUUUUUAGAUGAACAUCCUGAUUCACCUGCAUGUGCUGCUUAUGAAGACAUCAUUGAUAAAUUAAGAGAUAUUGUAGAAAAUUAA